AAAUAGGUCAAGGAGCUUUGCUGCCAGGCCUGGGGAACGUUCUGAAACUAUACAUGCUGGAAUUAAAAGUCUGUAUUUGGCACCUUCUGUAAAACCAAAACCUAAUUUGAGCAUUGAGAGCCUGCCAUCAGAAAUGCUGGUGAAGAUAUUUUCCUAUUUGGAUGCUGUGUCCCUGUUGUCUGUUGGUUGUGUGAAUAAGCACUUCUAUCAACUGGCGAAUGACAAUGGAAUCUGGCUGAAAAUCUAUUCCAGUUGUUUUCAACCAAAAAAGACGAUUUGGAAAAUGAAGUCUGAGCAAACAGAAACUAUUUCCUUGGGCUGUGCUGCUCUACAUGAUAGAAAGCCUGGGUACUGGAAGAAAGAAUACAUCUUCAAACAAAUAGCUGCUGUCAAAACUAGAGUAACGCGACUUGUUAAACCUGUAGAUCCUUAUACAGGUCUUCCAUGUAAAAUCAAAGAAACUAUGAAAGCCUCUGGCUUGAGUUGGAUAAUUGUUCUAAAGGACAAAAAUGGAAAGGAACGUGUAAUGGAGAAGGCAAACUUGUCAUUUAAGGACACAUCUCUUACUAUACUUUGGUAUAGUACCAAUUGGCCAUGCUUAGACAUCCUGUCAACCCUAAAACUAUUCGGAGUUAUACCAUUGCUUCCUGACCAAAGCAGAGCUCCCAGCAAGAAUGGACCUCGUCGACGUUCCUUAAUUGCUGAAUACCAUCUUGCUAACCUGACUGAAAGUAGUGUAGCAGUUGGUGCUGAUAAACUUGUCCAGAUCUUCAGUUUGAAUCCAGGACUUAUAGUAGGACUUUGGAAGGAGAAAAAUGAAAUUGCUUUUGUUAUGGCAAGUCUUCAUUAUCAUCAACUUCUUGAGAGAAGCACUUUGGGCUCUGCUACUGUUCAAUAUGCCCUUCCACCUCAUAAACCUGUAUUAGAUGAUAUUGACCCAGAAUAUGGACUGCAUAACUACGAUCUACAUCUUGAUAUGCACGGUGGAAGCUGCACCUACCUGUGUGGAACUUUCAAGAGCCUCUUCUGCAGAAAAGGUGACAUUGCAAAUGGAUAUUUGAAGCUCACAGUUGUAAACUUAAAGGAUAGUACGAAGCACUUGCCUCUUACUGGGACACUUGGCUUAUCCUGGGAAACAGAUGUGUUUAAAGGCAACGUAAAG